UUUGUUUAGGUUUUGAUAUGGAUAGAGAACUAGAUGACAUUGUAAUAUUUAACUUCACCUCCAGUGAAUGGCAAGUGAUAAAGCCAAACUCAAAAAUCCAACCAGUUGGGCGACGUUCUCAUUCAGUAGUGUUGUACCAGGAUGAACUAAUCGUCUUUGGAGGUCUGCUAAAUAAUGUUUCAUACUCCAACGAGUUGUGGUCAUUUGACAUAUCAACUUUAGAAUGGCAGCUGUUGGGAGCAGGAUCUGAUUCUAUUCCAGUCCCAAGAGCUGAUCACUCCGCAUCUAUUGUUGAAUAUUCAGCUCUAUAUAUAUUUGGAGGACAUUCUGUGGGUGAGAACUUUCUUGGGGAUUUGUACAAAUAUGAUCUUGUCCUUCGGAUUGGCUGGACUCUGAUCCAGCCUCUUGGUGGUUUAGAGUAUGAUGUACGCGUUUCAGCCCAUAGCAGUGUUUACCAUUAUGAUUCCAAGUCUCUCAUAAUCUUUGGCGGAUUUCGACCGAAAAGGCUCAAAGUGACAACUAGAACAAAUGAAACAUAUGCUUUUCAUAUUGAAAAAUUAUAUUGGAUGGAAUGGGAAAACAGUGUUAAGAGGGCCCCGCGUGAGCGAGCAUUUCAUACAGCUGUUAUUAUGGGAAAUUACAUGGUAGUGUAUGGUAUGUAAUG